GACGUUAACCGGAAGACGGAAGUGCUGGCUGAAGUGAACCGUCGCCCCACCGUGAACUCCGAGCCGAGCCGAGCCGAGCCAGCAGCAGUGGGACCGUAGUCGUGAGGAUGAGUGAGGAGCACUUCUACCUGGAGCUCUGCGAGGACCCGGUGCAGUUUGAACACGCCUCCAGCGUCAACAACGUCUUCUUCGAUGAGGCUAACAAGCAGGUGUUCGCGGUGCGUUCGGGUGGAGCCACAGGUGUGGUGGUCAAAGGGCCCGAGGACAAGAGCAGCGUUGCCUUCAGAAUGGACGAUAAAGGAGAAGUGAAGUGUAUCAAGUUCUCCAUCGGAAACAAGAUCCUGGCGGUGCAGCGGACUCUGAAAUCUGUGGAUUUCAUCAACUUUAUACCCGACUAUCCGCACAUAGAGUUCACUCAGGAAUGCAAGACGAAGAACGCGAGUGUUCUGGGGUUCUGUUGGACGAGCUGGAAUGAGAUCGUCUUCAUCACGGACCAGAGCAUCGAGUUCUACCAGGUGUUUCCGGACAAGCGCAGCCUGAAGCAGCUGAAGAGUCAGAGCAUCAACGUGAACUGGUACCAGUACUGUCCCGAGACCUCCGUCCUGCUGCUGUCCACCACGGUGCAGGGCAACGUGCUGCAGCCGCUGCUCUUCAAGAGUGGGACGAUGUCCAAGAUGUCAAAGUUUGAGAUCGAGCUGCCCGUCGUCCCCAAACCAGCCAAACUCAGCCUGUCGGAGCGAGACGUCUCCAUGGCAACCAUUUAUGGUCAGCUGUUCGUCAUGUAUCUGAAGCACCACUCAAGAACCGCCAGCAGCGCCGGGGCAGAAGUGGUGCUGUAUCACCUACCAAAGGAGGGAGCCGGCAAGAAGACUCACGUGUUGAAGCUGAACACGACGGGGAAGUUCGCUCUGAACAUCGUUGACAAUCUGGUUGUUGUUCAUCAUCAGAGUUCACAGACGUCUCUGAUCUUUGACAUCAAGCUGAAGGAACCCGACUGUGCUGUGAACACACACCAACCGGUUCUACCGGCUCGGUCCAUCCACCCCUACCGGAUCCCUCUAGCAGGUCCCGCUGUGGUUCCCUCUCAGCCUCCAGUUCCGUGUCAGCUUUACUCGUCUUCAUGGAGCGUCUUCCAGCCCGACAUCAUCAUCAGCGCCAGUGAAGGCUACUUGUGGUACCUGCAGGUCAAGUUGUCUCCGACUGUGAACCUUCUGCAGGACAAAGGGAAGCUGAUGGACUUCCUGUUACGGAGGAGAGACUGCAAGAUGGUCAUCCUGUCUGUCUGCUCCCAGAUCCUGGCGGGCGGCGAGAGGGGGAGUCUCCCCGUCGUGGCCGUCGUGUUCGACAAACUCAACCAGGUGUACAAAGAGUACCUGGAGGCGGAGCAGACCUACAGCGCGGCGAUGGAGGCGGGUCCCAGUCGAGGCAGCGCCGCCCACAAGCGUCCAAUCAGAACGCAGGCGGUGGUCGACCAGUCGGACAUGUACACGCACGUGUUGUCCCCGUUCACAGAGGGGAAGGUACGUGUGCGUGCGUGC